ACACGUUUACACUCUUCUACCACAAAAGACAAAUAAUAGAGGAAUAGCAAGAGCUCACGUCACCUGUCUAAUAUAGUGAAGACAACACGCAGCACUCAUAAACGUCAAUAGUCCAGCAAUCUAGUGGCUUCGAUCCAUACACCAUCAUUUCACAUUCUAGUGGUCAGCCAUUCGUCACUCAUUGGUUUAUUCUGAACCGUUUCAUUCCUUCUAAUUCGCUAUGCUUCCGCCACAGACGCCCACGCACAAACGCACACUUUCCGCACUCGGUCACGAACUGUUGACGCCGUUUUUGCUUAGCCUCAACACACCGAUGCACCUAUCGCCUGGGUCGCUCUCGUUUUCCCCAUCGCGCUUGUUCGGCAACCAGUCAGACUUCCAGCGCAUCGGCGUGUCCAAUGUGCGGAGCCCGACACAGCCAUCGCCGAAGCCCAAGUACGAUGCAGACGCGACCGACGACGAGGAUGAGCGCGGCAUCUCCAAGUUCACGCCGCCAGACUCCCAGUGCCGCGCACGCGACCUUUCAAGCAUGUUCUCGGAACUUCCCGAACGCGCCCCGUUGGCAGACAUCUCCAACCAGAUCGACGACCGGAAACGAAAGCUCUUGGUGCCGGAAACACCCACAGCAAAAAAGCUGCACACGCGCACGAGCUGGUCGCCGGCCGCGGAUGCGCUUCUUCUCGCAACGAUGCGCGCGCUCCUUCCAGGCGCGUACCUGUCGAAGGAGCGCAAGCUCAAUCUCGCGGCGCUUGCAGACGCGUACUCCGCACGUGUGCUCGAGGAGUUGGAGGCGGAGCCCGAGUACCGCGCCAAGGGCACAGCGGAGCGCGAGAAAGCGCGCGCCGCGCGAUGCAAGACACCGCGCCAGGUGGAAAAUCGGUUGAAACUGAUGUGGCACGGACGCACCUCGGCUGUCACCCGCAACGAAAUGAAAAGGUACCUCGUAUUGGAAGAAGAAGUGCCACAGAUCACUGUGACGACACCCGAAAGCGCUUACAAGUUUCCGGCGAAGGAGAGCUCAGAUGAUCAGUUCGUGGCAUUUCUAUCGUCGUCCCCCACUUUUGACGUCUCCAGGGGCGAUGCGUUAGACCAAUCCACGCCGCACGCAGUUUCUCCGACGGAAAUUGAUGUGUCCCAGAUGGAGAUCCAGUUCACGAACUCGUUGACGGGGCAGUCCCACAUAUUUGCGCAGAUGGAGCCGAACACACUUCCGCAGCCGUCGUCACUCAAGGUCAGGGGCAAGGCCGCGCGGCAUUUACUCGCGGAGACUGCGGAUGAACUUCCGCUUAUACUCAUUCAAUGCAACGUCGCGCUUCCAUGCAUAUCUGCAGUCCAGUCACCGCGCGCGCGCGCGACAGCGUCCAUAAACCUCACUGACGGUGCACUCGACGCGCAUGUGGUACUACGUGCGGUCCGCAGCUGUCCGUCUUCCAUGUUGACGUGGAAAAUGGCCACCCGGAUCUACGACGAGCAUGACAUGUUGAUCAUGAACAGCGACGAGUACAUCAACGCGUACAAAAACCUCGAAGUCGACUCCGACGAGUACCUUAUGCGAAUCCCGUUCAUGGCGUCCUUCUGGUACGGGUAUUUGACCUUCGUGAUGAACUCUACCGCGUCUGCUGAUGGCUUGGGCGCUAGCCCGCUCGACGGCUUGACGGUGGUCCAGGUGUUGUACGAAGAAGACAUAAAACACGCAGUGGUGGUAUAUCUGUUUGGUCGUGGCUCUGGCGCCGUGCUGGUGCAGAAGAUGCCGUUUGGCAAAUGGCGCAUGCUGGCCAAAGAGAUUGUUCACCACUCGUCAGAUACGGAGGUGGUUGUUACCAGCCCGUUGCCCGAUACUUCCCUGGUGGAAACAAAGCCUGUGCCCCAGGCCCCGGGCUACCAGCAGCUCAUGGUGCAGCAACAGUUCCUCCAACAACAGCAGUUCUUGGAGAUACAGCGCCAGCAGAUGAUGAUGCAGAUGCAAAUGCAGAUGAUGCCCGCGGACAUGUACUAUCCACAGUUCCAACAACCGGUACCGAACUUUGUGCAUGCGGAACCCCAGCCGCCGAUGCUCAUGCGCACAGAAUCCCAGCCGCCGAUGUCUAUGCUCGUUCACGUGGAAUCUGAGUCUCAGAUGAGCCACCCACAUGGGAUCUUUCCACGCCAGGCAGGAAACUCCUUUGGCUCGCCGUUUGUGAGUCCACAGGUUGCCAGAAGGAUAUCCUCCGCCAGCAAUAGCACCGCAAAUACGUCGAUGUCGCAGGUGACGCCGCCGGCCAAAUACCACGGGAUGUCGCGGUUCCAAAACCACGAAUUCCGCCCGCAUCCGUCAACCAUCGAAGAGGCCAAGGAGUUCCGGUCGGUCGUGCCGCGGCGCCUGAGCUGUGCCGGCGACAGCAACCUCAAAUUUGAGUUCUAUCAGCCCCCGGGAAGUAAAAAUUGAUGUGCCUUGAGUUAGGUUCUGAUAAUAAAUAAGAAGAAAAAGGUUUUAACUACGUGGGUAAAUGGAAGGUUAUAAAAAAAACACUCUAUAGGUGUCUAGAUGGCGUGAGUAACCGUUUUGACCAAGACGUUAGCUUGUAUAAUGGUCUCUGGAGCACUUGCAUGUACAGGCGGGUACGCUUAUAGAAUAAAAG